UCUGCCGUCUCUCUCAGUGGAAAUAUUUAGGCUAAGUCCUCGUUUGAGCGUGCAGUUCAAACAGGAGAAGGCAGAGAUUUCUUACCUUUUCCAGACGUCGGCUAUCUCCAGGGGGCUUUCCAUACAACACAGGGUAUUAUCACCGAUUCCCCCAACUUUACUGCCCAUCUGGACCGGACAGUGGAAGUCUGGCAUGUGUUUUAUCUGGAAAGUUUGGCACGUACUUAAUCUUGGUCCACAUUUCUUCAGAGAAUAACCCACACCACAUACUAAAUGCACUCAAGUGAUUCCACAUAUAAACAUUGUACCCUAGUGCAACACAACCCAACGUCCCUGAUGCAUUCAGUGCACUUUUACAUUGGAGGGCAUUCAUGGAACUGUUUUGGACUGAGGCCUAUUCGAAUCGAAUCUCAAAAGUCAAGCAAUAGAUUUUGUUCUUGUGUUGUGGAUGUCUGCAAUGUUUGAGAACUGAGUGAUGGUGGUGGAACUGAAGGGUAUGUUCAUGUUCUGGCACAGAGGAUGAAACAAAUGUUUCCAGAGGCACCCCUUAGAUUCAGAACCUCUCAUUCUUUCCUUUACUUGAGCUAAUUUUGCUAUUAGACUUCACUGCUACUCUGGUAUGCCAGUUUCCCCUUUAGCCUACCGCUCAGAAGACUGUGCCAGGUCUCCAGUAAAAUAAAGUGAAUCUGAACACACUGUCUCUGAGGCUUUUUCUGACUUACAAAACAAUGGAACUGUGAAAUUGAAUGCAAUGAAACUGUACAGACGAUUCAGUUCGAUGAAAGGUUAAGAUAAUGACAGCCUAGUUCUAUAGUAUCUAUCUCUCUAGAACUACUAAAGAGUGUUUUUUCUCUUCCUCAUGCAAAGCCUCUAAUUAUUCUAAGAAACCUGGGCACACUAACAAGGUCUGUCCUGAGGAGUUAUAGUACAUCAUGUGAGGAGAAUAUUGUCUAGUUCCUACUUUCAAAAUCCAAAGGAAUUGAUGAUGGUGUUGAGUUGUGGAGACUUUAAGAAGGGAAAAGGAGGUAUGGGGGAGGGGAGCUACUUGUUUUGGAAGAAAUCUGGAACCUAUAAACUUGGACAACUUAUACGAAAAAGAACGGCAGAAUAUCCUCAUCUGAUUGGUCAACCCACGUGCCUUUGUCUCCGCCUCAUCCCUUUACCCUUACCAAUCACAAAACGCAUUCUCUUCCUGUUAUGCUUGGCCUGGCUGUGCCUUAGAACCCAUCUGGACCAAUCUGUGGAACAGAUGGGUGGGAACUUACAAGUUCCAUCCUCUUUCUUCUUUAAAAAGCCAGAUGCAGGUUGGCUGCUGUCUUACAUUGAGCUAGGAUACUGGACGCAACUGCCGUUCUGAAUGUAGCGAGCAGAUUGUAUUGUUAAAUUGUUGUCAUGUCUAGAUGUAGGCAACAUAUGGAUUUCCAAUACUGAGAAUUGAUUAUUUUUCCAUUUGCUUUCUAUUGCUAGCAGACCUGGCAGAUCACUUCUGGUAUUUCUAUAUACAGGCUUGCCAUAGAACAGAGAAACUAAAGGAGGCAUAGCCCAUUAGAGGCCCUGAAUGAGAGAACAGAGGAGUGGGAUAGAAACAGUGUAGCUGUAGAAACAGGGUUAGGUAGAUAGACUGCCAUGAGAGAGGAUCCGUCAAGCUGUGGUGAAUACCCUGAGGGAGGGGUGGUGUCCAGCGAGGAGGAGCCAGACUGUGCUCCAAACAAAUGCCCUGUGGUGGUGGCAACACCAGGGGCUGGCGGGCGCAAAAGGGUCACCAGGAAAGACAACAUUUCAUCGCCAACAGAGGACAACAAGUCAACGACAGGAGGGCCUCCCAGUCUGAUCCCAUCAGGACCCAAGAGGCCUAAGAAGAGUCCCCAGCCCUCCCUGUCUCCUCUCCCCAUCCCAGGCCAGCCCCUGGAGGACCCACAGCACCAGCGGGUGGUCGCCAAUGUACGGGAGCGCCAACGGACGCAGUCCCUGAAUGAUGCCUUUGCCUCGCUUCGUAAGAUCAUCCCCACGCUGCCGUCAGACAAGCUGAGCAAGAUUCAGAUCCUGAAGCUGGCCUCACGCUACAUUGACUUCCUCUACCAAGUCCUGCAGAGUGAUGAGAUGGACGCCAAGCUGGCCAGCUGUAACUACCUAGCCCACGAGAGACUCAGCUAUGCAUUCUCAGUGUGGAGGAUGGAGGGGGCCUGGUCCAUGUCCGCUACCCACUAGCCCUCCCACUUACCUCUCUAACACCCUCUCGCCCUCCCCUCCUGCCCCCUCGCCCUCCCACAGCUGCGCCCUCCGGACCAAAUCUCCCAUGACCUCUGACCCCUGCUCUCUGACCCUCAUCCUCACACCAUCUAACUCCUCCACCACUCUACACCAGCAUAGGACCAAGGCGAUUGAGAAGCCUUCACGUUGGUCUGCAAUCCCUUUGAUUACUGGUUUGUACUUACACCUCUGGACCAACUAAAUCACAGAUCUCAGCCCUGCCCUCACUCUGGAGAGGUACUGUAGAGACUCGGCUUCCUCGCGCGCACACCGAAUCGUCAGGGCAACAAUUUUGAGCUACUAGCAGGCCUGGAAGACAGACAACUAUAGCAUUUUAUGACCUGGAAAUUGCAACUUUGACUUAGAAACAGUUUUUUACACAAAUGUAAGUCAUGUGAAUGUUCCUUUUCUAGUAUGAAUGCAUGUAGUCACAAACAAUAGAACAUUCUUGAUUAAAAGGGAAUCAGUUGCUGUAAAGAAUGUAUUUGUAUUACAAUUGUAGAUAUGUGGAUAAAACAUGCCUUGUGAUUUACUUGUCCAUAUAAUAAAAUGUGUGUCUCAUCUUAUAACCGGUCUCACCUUUAACCCUGUACUGCGACGACACCAGCAUGGUCCACCAUCAGCCUUCAAUAUUUGGAGAUGGACGAUGACACAAUGGCAUUUCUAAACAUCAAAUACAUAUGAAAUACUUGGACUAUUAUCCUUCUUUGUGUUUGUGUGUGAAAUAACCUGGGAUCUAUCUACGAGUUACCCUGUCAGCCUUAAUUAGUGCUCUAGAACAUACGCCUCGUUAAGAAGUCUGCUCUGGCAGACUAAGGUAUAAUUGCACAUAAAGCUGUUGUUCUUUUGGGGGAAAAUAAGGCCUCUAAAAUAUUUAUUGGUUGGAAAGAAAUCUUGUGAUAUACCCAACCACAGAAGCACAUGUGGAUACAUGCAUUAAUGGACCAUGAGAGUGUACACUGUAUAUCAAACAUGUCACACCUACACAUGUGCACACACAACAUUUUCAAUUUUAAUUAAGAGAAAAUCAGUACAAAAUAGACAUUCUUUCUAUACACACAUAGGAAAUAUGGAGGAAACAAACAAGGUCAAAUAAAAGUAUGAAAGUAU